GGUCAGCUUCAUCCCCCUGCAAUUGGCUUUCCGGGCUAAGGUAGGUUUCCGAUGUACCGACACUGCCAAGGCGCUUUGGCCGUGAACUCUGGAAGGAAGCCAAAGGAAAGUGAAGUUCCUGGCGCUAAGCUCUCGUCCCGCUCGGAGAGCCGGGCGCUAGCGCGCUCUCCGUGCAGUUAUUGGCUGGGACUCUGCGUGCCGCUGUCGGCCAAUGAAGACGCUGGAGAUCUGGCCCCGGCCCGUCCCCUCUCGGCGCCCCGGGAUGAGGCAGAGACUGAACAGCCGGCGAGCAAAUCAACGGCAUCCAGAAAGCCAUGUCCGACUCGGCGCCCAGCGCCCAAGCGCUAACCCGCUGAAAGUUUCUCAGCGAAAACGCCGGGACGACCUGGACCCCGCGAAGAGGAACUGCCUUUGAGUGAGAUGGUCCCAGAGGCCUGGAGGAGCGGACUGGUAAGCACCGGGAGAGUGGUGGGAGUUUUGCUUCUGCUUGGCGCCUUGCAUAAGGCUUCCGCCGUCAUUCGCUAUGAGAUCCUGGAGGAAAGAGAGAAGGGUUUCGCGGUGGGCAACGUGGUCACGGACCUUGGCUUGGAUCUCGGCAGCCUGUCAGCCCGCAGGCUCCGGGUGGUGUCCGGAGCUAGCCGAAGAUUCUUUGAGGUGAACCGAGAGACCGGAGAGAUGUUCGUGAACGACCGCCUGGAUCGAGAGGAGCUUUGUGGGACACUGCCCUCCUGCACCAUAACUCUGGAGUUGGUGGUGGAGAGACCACUUGAGCUGUUCAGUGCGGAAGUGGUGAUUCAGGAUAUCAACGACAACAAUCCCGCUUUCCCAACCCGGGAAAUGAAAUUGGAGAUUAGUGAGGCCGUGGCGCCGGGCGCGCGCUUUCCGCUGGAGAGCGCGCAAGAUCCCGAUGUGGGAAGUAACUCUUUACAAACCUACGAGCUGAGCCGAAAUGAGUACUUUGCGCUUCGGGUGCAGACGCGGGAGGACAGCACCAAGUACGCGGAGCUGGUGCUGGAGCGCGCCCUGGACCGGGAGCGAGAGCCGAGUCUCCAGUUGGUGCUGACGGCAUUGGACGGAGGAACCCCGGCUCGCUCCGCCAGCCUUCCGAUUCGCAUCACCGUGCUGGACGCGAAUGACAACGCACCCGCCUUCAACCAGUCUUUGUAUCGGGCGCGCGUUCUGGAGGAUGCAGCCCCCGGCACUCGCGUGGUGCAAGUCCGUGCAACCGAUCUGGAUGAAGGCCCCAACGGUGAAAUCAUUUAUUCCUUCGGCAGCCACAAUCGCGCCGGCGUGCGGGAACUGUUCUCCCUAGACCUCGUAACCGGGGUGCUGACAAUCAAGGGUCGAUUGGACUUCGAAGACACAAAACUCCACGAGAUUUACAUACAGGCCAAAGACAAGGGCGCCAAUCCCGAAGGAGCGCACUGCAAAGUUUUGGUAGAGGUUGUGGACGUGAAUGACAAUGCUCCGGAGAUCACGGUCACUUCCGUGUACAGCCCGGUCCCCGAGGAUGCCCCUCUGGGAACUGUCAUCGCUUUGCUCAGUGUGACUGACCUGGAUGCUGGGGAGAACGGGCUGGUGACUUGCGAGAUUCCACCGGGGCUCCCCUUCAGCCUUACUUCUUCCCUCAAGAAUUACUUUACUUUGAAAACCAGCGCAGCCCUGGAUCGGGAGACUGUGCCAGAAUACAACCUCAGCAUCACUGCUCGAGAUGCCGGAGCCCCUUCCCUGUCAGCCCUUACGACGGUGAGGGUACAAGUGUCCGACAUCAACGACAACCCUCCACAGUCUUCCCAAUCUUCCUAUGACGUUUACGUGGAGGAAAAUAACCUCCCCGGGGUUCCAAUACUAAAUCUAAGUGUCUGGGACCCCGACGCCCCGCAGAACGCUCGCCUUUCCUUCUUUCUCCUGGAGCAAGGAGCUGAAGCCGGGCUGGUGGGUCGCUAUUUCACGAUAAAUCGCGACAGUGGCGUCGUGUCAUCCUUAGUGCCCCUGGACUAUGAGGAUCGGCGGGAGUUCGAAUUAACGGCUCAUAUCAGCGACGGGGGCACCCCCGUCCUGACCACCAACAUCAGCGUGAACGUAUUUGUCACCGACCGAAACGACAACGCCCCCCAGGUGCUCUACCCCCGGCCCGGCCGGAGCUCAGUGGAGCUGCUGCCCCGAGGUACCGCGGCCGGCCACGUGGUCACGCGGGUGGUCGGCUGGGACCCGGACGCAGGACACAACGCCUGGCUCUCCUACAGCCUCUUGGGAGCCCCCAACCAGAGCCUUUUUGCCGUGGGGCUUCACACGGGUCAGGUCAGUACUGCCCGCCCUGUCCAGGACACAGAUUCGCCCAGGCAAACGCUCACGGUCUUGAUCCAAGACAAUGGGGAGCCGUCACUGUCCACCACCGCCACCCUGACUGUGUCAGUAACCGAGGAAUCUCCAGAGGCCCGGGCUGAGUUCCCCUCGGGCUCUGCCCCUGGGGAGCCGAAUAAAAACCUCACCUUUUAUCUACUCCUCUCUCUAAUCCUGGUCUCCGUGGGGUUCGCGGUCACAGUAUUGGGAGUGAUCAUAUUCAAAGUUUACAAGUGGAAACAGUCCAGGGACUUAUACCGAGCGCCUGUGAGCUCCCUGUACCGAACGCCAGGGCCCUCUCUGCACGCGGACGCCGUCCGCGGAGGCCUGGUGCCGCCGCACCUGUACCAUCAGGUGUACCUCACCACUGACUCGCGCCGCAGCGACCUGCUGCCGAAGAAACCUGGGGCCGCCAGCCCCCUGGCCAGCCACCAGAACACGCUGCGGAGCUGCGAUCCCGUGUUCUAUAGGCAGGUGUUGGGUGCGGAGAGCUCCCCUCCUGGACAGCAAGCCCCACCCAACACGGACUGGCGUUUCUCUCAGGCCCAGAGACCCGGCACCAGCGGCUCCCAAAAUGGCGAUGAAACCGGCACCUGGCCCAACAACCAGUUCGACACGGAGAUGCUGCAAGCGAUGAUCCUGGCCUCCGCUAGCGAAGCUGCUGACGGGAGCUCCACCCUGGGAGGGGGCGCCGGCACCAUGGGCUUGAGCGCCCGCUAUGGGCCCCAGUUCACCCUGCAGCACGUGCCCGACUACCGCCAGAACGUCUACAUCCCCGGCAGCAACGCCACGCUGACCAACGCGGCGGGCAAGCGGGACGGCAAGGCCCCGGCAGGCGGAAACGGCAACAAGAAGAAGUCAGGCAAGAAGGAGAAGAAGUAAAGCGGAGGCCGGCCUGGAGCCACAGGGCCCGCUCCCCCCAGCCCGCCCCGCCUCUCCCACCUGGACCCAGGACCGGGGUCUCCAGGGCUCACCCCCAGGAUCCUGGCGGCCCGGGACACGCUCCCCUUGGGAAACAGAAACAAGUGCCCAGUCAACACCCCUCUCUGCCCCCAGGGGAUCGAAUAUGCAAAGGGAGUUCCGCAGGGAACCCCCGUCCAAUCAACGGCUGUGCCGCGGGCCGCGGGGCAGUGCGCGCAGCACUGGUCGCGCUGCUGCAGUCACAGCUGAACUCCUCCACCUCCAAACCCAGUCAGGCCCCAGCAGGACCACCGCCCGCCCCCUCCCGCCCAUGCCACCCCCUCCUUCAGCAGCUCCUCUUUCUUCAGUAAGGCGGUUGGGGUGUUGAGGUACCUGGUGACCUAAAAAGGUUCCUAGUUCUGAAGAGUUGAAAGGGCAUCGUGACCUCUUGGCCUAUCCUUCAAUUCUCAAACUUCCCCCAAAGCGUGGUUUGGUGCCAGGCCUUCGCCUCCUUCCUCAGCCUGAGACCCAGCUCAUGUUUUGGGAGACACGGUCACCAUUCCAUGGUACUGAUGCUUGCUGGAUUCAGGGAGGGCAUUUUGCUGCCAUGCCUCUUCCCGAUGCCCUAGGGACCAGUUGUUUCGUUUUGUUUUGUUUUUCAUUGUUUGAUGUUCCCACUGCAUGCUGUGGCUGCCCCUCCCUAAACCAGAGACUUCACUGCAUGUUCCAAGACGGUGUGGGGUGGUCGGACAAAGAAGGAAAGAGUAUGUAUGUGGCGGGGAGAGGGUGGAUACACCUUGACCCAUCAGUUAACAGUUAUCAGGAGGCUCUGUAUGUCCCCAGGGUACUGACCAGAGCUUUCCAGCCAUAAACCAAGAACCGGGCUGGACCCUCAUCUCCCACAGGCUCGGGGCUGAGCGGCCAGCACCAAUGAUCUCAACUGGCGUUACAGUCCGAGGAAGGUCUGAGCAGGUUCGCGACCAGGUCCCCUGGAGAGAUCAGAGGGGCCUCUGUGGGUGCUGGGUACUCCGGAGGUGCCAAUAGUGGAAGGAUCAGUAUGCCCCCCCCACCCCCAGGCCAGCUAGGCCGUUCAUGGUUCCUGGGCUGGGGAGGCAGAGGGGCUAGAGCAGGGAUUAAGUGGACAGAACGUCUCAGCCGCAGGAUCAGUCUUCUCCACGGGGCCCCUGCAUUCCCCAAGGCUCGGUCCUUCACCUUGCCAGGUGCCAUUUCUUCUCUGUUAAGGCCACUGCCCAGGCCCCCGGUGUGCCCCCUAGUGGCCAGGGCCUGGUUCAAGUCCCUAGUGCCUCCUUGUGCAUAAACCUAACUCUGCCCACCCACUUCUACCCCCGAGUCCCGUUCACGCACCGGGGCUGAGUGAGAACCCCACCCUAGUCCUUACAGUAGUGUAGAGACCCCUCCCUCCCUCCCUCCUUUGGCUGGUGUAGAAUAGCCAAUAGUGUAGUGCGGUGUGCUUCCCUGUGAUGGCGAGGUGGCAGCGGGCAGCGGGCCCCGCGCAGCCGUCUGUCCUCGAAUUUGCCUGCGGCGGCCCGUGCUGUGUUUUGUGCUGUGUCCACGCGCUGCGGCGACCCCCUCCCCAAUACUGACUCCUAUAAGCGCUUCUCCUGGCAUAGUCACGUAGCUCCCCACCCCUUUCCUGUGUUUCACGCAAGUUUUAUACUCUAAUAUUUAUAUGGCUUUUUUCUUUGAAAAAAAAUAAAAAGGUUUCUUCUGAAA